GCUGCGCAGGAGGAGCGCUCCGCCCGGCUACAACGCUCCGCGAGCCGGCGCGGCAACACCUGUUCGCGGCAGCCAGGGCGGCACGCGAGCUCCCGGUCGUGGCUCUCCUCGCUCGCCGCUCGCCACUCGUUCUAAGCCAAUGGACAUCUGCCGAGCCUCUGGAGAAUUCUGGAUACUAGCUUUGGACGCCUAAAGUUUUUUCUUCUUUUUGUUUUUUUAAAAAUAAUUAUUAUUUUUGGAGGGGGGAACCAGAAGGGGAGAUUUUGUCGCCGCCGCCAACGUGAGAUUUUUUUUUUUUUUUUUUCCCCUUGAAGGAUUCGUGCUGAUGUCUGCAGAGUCGGUUAGAGUAAAAACAGCGCAUGCCUUCCUGGAGUCGGGAUCCGUAAAUUCUGACGUAGCCCGUGCAUCUUAAAAAUCCCUAUAAUAACGCCUAGGCAUUUAAGUUGCUAUGGUCAUUCUGAUCUCAAACCAAAUGGAGAAACUACGGAUUUUUUUUCCUUAUUACGGUCGGAUGGGAUGAAGACCUUCCUGCCUGCUGAGAGCUGGGGAUCUAUCUAUAGAGAUACAUAGAUAUGUUUAUCAAUAUGUCAGUGUGUGAGUAUAAAGUGGUGGUUUCUUAGACUAUCAGUGGUUUGACCUUGAACCUGUGCCAGUGAAACAGCAGAUUACUUUUAUUUAUGCAUUUAAUGGAUUGAAGAAAAGAACCCCCCUUUUUUUCUCUCUCUCUCUGCAACUGCAGUAAGGGAGGGGAGUUGGAUAUACCUCGCCUAAUAUCUUCUGGGUUGAUACCGUCAUUAUUGUUUAUUCCUGUGCUCCAAAAGCCGAGUCCUCUGAUGGCUCCCUUAGGUGAAGUUGGGAACUAUUUCGGUGUGCAGGACGCGGUACCGUUUGGGAAUGUGCCGGUGUUGCCGGUGGACAGUCCGGUUUUGUUAAGUGACCACCUGGGUCAGUCCGAAGCAGGGGGGCUUCCCAGGGGACCCGCAGUCACGGACUUGGAUCAUUUAAAGGGGAUUCUCAGGCGGAGGCAGCUAUACUGCAGGACUGGAUUUCACUUAGAAAUCUUCCCCAAUGGUACUAUCCAGGGAACCAGGAAAGACCACAGCCGAUUUGGCAUUCUGGAAUUUAUCAGUAUAGCAGUGGGCCUGGUCAGCAUUCGAGGCGUGGACAGUGGACUCUACCUCGGGAUGAAUGAGAAGGGGGAGCUAUAUGGAUCAGAAAAACUAACCCAAGAGUGUGUAUUCAGAGAACAGUUUGAAGAAAACUGGUAUAACACGUACUCUUCAAAUCUAUAUAAACACGUGGACACUGGAAGGCGAUACUAUGUUGCAUUAAAUAAAGAUGGGACCCCAAGAGAAGGAACGAGGACUAAACGGCACCAGAAAUUCACACAUUUUUUACCUAGACCAGUGGACCCCGACAAAGUACCCGAACUAUAUAAGGAUAUUCUAAGCCAAAGUUGACAAAGACAAUUUCUUCACUUGAGCCCUUAAAAGAGUAACCACUAUAAAGGUUUCACGCGGUGGGUUCUUAAUUGAUUAGCUGUGUCAUCACACCAGCUCCACUGUUGCCAAACUUUGCCGCAUGCAUAAUGUACGAUGGAGGCUUGGAUGGGAACAUGCUGAUUUUGUUCUGCACUUAAACAGGCUUGUCCUCCUAGAGGACCGCCGCUGCCCACUUGCUUGAUUUAUUGUGAGAGGACGAAAGGGAGACUGAGCGGGGGUGUGAGUGUGUGCGUGGAUGAGUAGCAGGGGAGUUGGAAGAGAGAAGCAGAAGCAGAGAGGACCGCGGCCUGAUGCAUGCUGGGAUUUAGACGCGCUUUUACAUUUUUGAUCAGUUGUACUUCAUCUUGUAUCAGCACAGCUGCCAUACUUCGACUCAUCAGGAUUUUGGCUGGUGGCCUGCGCAAGGGUACGCUGCAUUUUCAAAGGCAUGGAGGGUGCAGUCUUACUUAAAGGACUUUUUCAGUUCAUGCUCACGGGCGCCAUCCCGGUGAAUUUAAAGCAAAGACCUCUUAGUUUAAAAAAAAAAAAAAAUUAAAAAAAAAAAAGGAAAAAAAAAGGAAAAAAAAGUUAAAUUUAUUUAUAGAAAUUCCAAAGGCAACAUUUUAUUUAUUUUAUAUAUUUAUUUAUUAUAUAGAGUUUAUUUUUAAUGAAAUAUGUACAGGCCAGAUAGGCAUUUUGGAAGCUUUAGGCUCUGUAAGCAUUAAAUGGCAAAGUCCGCUACGAACCUGUGGUAAAUUCAUGCAAGUAAAUAUAACGGUGCAUGGAUAUGAGAAAUUCUAAUGACCCUAAUGUACUAAAGGCGACAAUCUCUUUUGUGCCCGUAUUAUUGUAAACUUAUGCACAUCAUUCAUGACACUGAGUAUUCACUCUUCAGACUGCUUGUUUCAUAGCUUAUCCCAGAGGAUUAAAGAAAAACUGGGUCUCAAACUUUUAUUCUGUGUCUGUAAUAUUUCCUCUCUCAUAAGUGACUUACUCCAUCAUUGUAACUUCACGGUUGGAAAAUACAAGGGUUGGCAUAUAUCCUACGUGUUUAAACCUAUUGCAGAAUAUACCAAAGCUGAACAAUUAACUAUGCUUUUAUUUUAGUUGGCCUCCAGGACAACAGGACUCACAUCAAACAUUAUACUGAUUUAGAAUCCUCAAAAAGAAAAAAAAAAAAAAAAGAAUUUCUGUAGCACAGAUUUUUAAAAAAAAAUUUUUUUUUAAGGGACAAGAGUCAGAUUAAACAGGAUCAUUCUUGGAGACUUUUAAUUUGUAUACUUGGCUAUCAAAUAUGACAUUAUACAAGCAUCAUAGGGGUCAUUGUAAUGUCUUUUAUAGAAAAUUGCUUUUGGUGUGAACCAUCAUAAUACAUGGGAAUAAAUAGCACCCUUCACGAAAAACUUGCAAAACGAGACUAAUACAUCUGCAUCAGUAAUGACAAUGAGGGGGGAAAAUAUUAUACCUGUUGACUGUGUUUUGUUUUUAAAAAUGGUCCUCACAGCGCUCAAUUUUUUUUAGAGGGGAGGUUACUAUAUAGAAUAUCUUUUACAAGGCUUUUAUAACAUUUUAUGCUGAAAAGCAUAAGAAUACAUAUUUCUUUAGUAGCAAUAAUUUUGGAACUUGCCCUUGAGCAAGGAAGACUAUUUCUUACUAUAUACUAAGGAGAAAAGAGCCAAAUUCUUAAAGCAAUAUUUAAGAAAAAGGAAUUUAUAACAAAUUCUCAUACCACAUAUAACACUUUCUAGCCAGUUAUGUUGGGAAAUUGAAAGUGACAGUUAAAAAAUGUGUUAGGAUUUAUGUAACUAAUUUUAAAAUUUAAUAUUCCAACUUUGUUUUGCUCUGAUGCACAUUCUUUAUGAAAAAUAAAAAUAUGUCACUGUUGAGUUAAAGCUGUUUUGAAGUAGAAGCGCAUGACUUAUUGCCAUGAGCACAUGUGGCCCUUCUAUAGUCAAAGUUUGAAUAUGUAGCAAAGCCCUCCUGCUGAUGUGCAUUAAGGAAAAACUAAGUCUAACGUUUGGAAUUAAGAAAUAUUUGGGGGGAGGGGACAGAAGCAAUGUAAAAUAGUUGACUUAUGAUAAACUCAGAAUGUCCUCUUCAUUUAUUUUCUUGUUUUUUUUCUCUUUCAAAACAGAAAUUGCAUUUAAUUCCAAGAUGUAGUAUUUUUUAUUUAUUACUUAACCCUUUGCUGCUGCUGAAAUGUGCACAUAAUCAGGCUUUAGUUUUUCCAAAAAGCAUUUGCUAUUUUUGUCUGAAAACAUUAAACAUCUGACCACAGGGAAGAAGCAAGUUUCUAGGAUGUCAUAGGUACAAUACUUAGCACUGAAGUAAUUGGUUUUAGGAGGUAGCCAAAAGUAAUCUUAAAGUAGCAUGAGAUGCUAGAUAAUCGGCCUAGACGAAAGCAACUGGUUUGCGAAAAAGAUUAAAAUCUCCAUGCAUUCCUAGAAAAUGCUACUUUAACGUCUACUUUUGGACUUAUUUUGUUUGGGUACCCUUUUCUUUUUCUUUUCUUUUUUAAUUUUUUUUAAAGAAAAAAUGUUAUAUGCUUUUGGCAAUGGAUACAAUAAACUGUAAUGGUCUGUAAAUAAAUAAAUAUUGACUUAUGCAAUUUAUGUAAAUAAGUGUUCUGGGAGAGUAGUUGGCUCAGGGUUUUGGCUGGGGAUUGUCCUGUUGGGCAUUAGAGCGAGUGGGUUUGCAUCCAGUUCUUGUCAUCAGACACCCAAAGCCCAUUGGAUGGCAGCUCCGAGCCACUGUGGAAUGGGUGGUUCCAGUUUUCACAAACAGAUGCUCAGAUAGCCAAACCACUAUCUUACUGGUGCCAGCACUUGCACCUUGGUCAGAGACUUAGCGGGCACGGACUGAACCACCCUCCCAUCUGUCAUGUGAAUGUCCCCAGGCAGUGUGAAGGACAUACUAGGUCAGUGUUGGGGAACCUGUCCUGCCAGGUCCUGUGUUGUAGAUAAAUGAAUGGCUUUAGUUUAUGGUGUUUUCCUUCUAUUUCAUCUCAUUAACACUACAACAUUGUGUUAUUUACUUGAUAAUCUGUAAUUGUAUGUAAAUACAUACAGGAUUAUGUAAUUUGUGUAAAUACAUAAUUACAGACUUUUGAAAACUGGUAUUUUUUACUUGAUGUCCAUUUUGGAGCUGCUUCACAUUAUGUGCCUACAUGAACCAAUGGAAUUUUAAAAACAUGCUCUCCUUGCUCUUACAGCUGUUGCGUGUGU